UAACUAUACAGUAAACGACUCCCCCCUCAACAAACGAAAAUCCAGUAAAAUGUCUGCAGCCAUGGCGGCCUGCAGCUUCCAUCGCCCCUUUCUCGGGAUCUCGCCACGUCAGCAUGAUAAUUCAUUAUGCAGACGACACUUUGAGAGUGUAACAUAUAAGAUUGCUGCAAUCUUUUGGGGGCCAAAGAGAACUGCAGAGCCUCGUGUUCUAAAUCCUUCCUUAGGGACACAUCCUCUUAUAGGGUCAGCCCCAGAGGGUAGAUCAGGUAAUGAGAUGAAGCCUCAGAAGGUAUCACUUUCAGUUAUUUCAUCAAUCUCAGAAGUCUCAGCUGAGGAUUGGGAUGCAUGUGCAAUUGAUGCAACUGGCCCUGAAAAGUUUGAUCCUUUCAUCACCCAUGCUUUCCUCACGAGCUUAGAGGAAUCAGGUUCUGCAGUGAAGGAAACAGGAUGGUUGCCUCAGCACGUUGUUGCUCAGGAUGAAUAUAAUAAUACCAUAGGUGUUGUACCUCUUUAUCUUAAAAGCCACUCAAAUGGAGAGUUUGUUUUUGACCACUCCUGGGCUGAUGCUUACUACAGAUAUGGCUCGCAGUAUUACCCAAAGUUACAAUCUUGUGUCCCUUUUACUCCGGUAACUGGACCAAGGAUAUUGAUCCGUAACAUUUGGUGUCGGGAUCAAGUCUUUGACAUGCUAGUCCUGGCAUUAAAGGACCUUACUGCAAAGUUACAGGUUUCAUCAUUGCAUGUUACUUUUCCAUCUGAAACGGAAUGGCAGAAGAUGAAAAGUUUUGGGUUUUUACAGAGAACAGGGAUGCAGUAUCACUGGAAAAAUCGCAAUUAUAAGAAUUUUGAUGAAUUCUUGAUGGAUAUGAAGCAGAGCAAGCGAAAAAACAUUCGACAGGAACGGAAAAAGAUAUCUGCACAAAACCUGAAGAUGAAGCGCCUGCGUGGAGAUGAAAUAACGGCAGAACAUUGGGACUCUUUCUACAAGUUUUACCGGAAUACAACUGAUAAUAAAUGGGGUAGGGCCUACCUAACGCGCGACUUCUUUCAUAUGCUGGGGUCAAAGAUGGGAGAUCAUGUCCUGCUUGUUGUUGCUGAAGAGGGGGAUGAGCUUGUAGCUGGUGCACUUCACCUUAUUGGUGGUGAUACUUUGUUUGGCCGCUUGUGGGGAUGUUUGCCGCGUGUCUAUUACCCAAGUUUGCAUUUUGAGGCAUGCUAUUACCAGGCUAUUGAAGCAGCGAUUGAGUUAAACCUGAGUAAGGUAGAGGCUGGAGCUCAGGGAGAGCAUAAGAUCCAAAGGGGCUACCUUCCUGUGACAACACACAGCUGUCAUUACCUUCUUGACGAUGGGUUUAGAAAAGCCAUCGGGGACUUUCUUGUGCAUGAGACAGAGCAGGUUAAGCAUGUCAUUAAAGUGCUGCAAGAAUCGGGUCCAUUCAAGGAUGGUAUAGAUUAAGAGGCUCGAUAAUGCUGAAACUUUGUCAUGAUGUAAAUACGCACUUCCUUCUGUAAUUGUAGCUUUGUUGGUGUAAAUAUUCCAUGUUGUAAUUACUAAUUCAUCAGCAGCAAUUUUAUUGAUAUUUAUAUACCUUUCGAGGAAAUUAUCAGAGAAUCCUGAUGGUGUUUUUCUAGUGGCAAACACAGAUAUAUGCCUACCA